CGCACAGUUCUACGAGCCCUCCGCUUUUGAUACAUCGUCUGACGUGCAAUCACCCUCCCUCCCGCACGUCUUGUACCCAUUCGGCAAUAUCUCCACCACCUCCACCACCUCUUCCUCUCCAUCUGGGGCUUCGUCGAUAGACUCCUCCUCCUCGUCUGCCGAAGACGCAGGCGCCGAAGAUGCCGGGGACGCCGACGAGGAGGACCUUGGGAUGGGCACGGGCGUCGAGCCGCUGCAAGACUUCGCACCUGGAAACGUCGACCUCUUGUAUUAUGGCCCGGUGGACAUCGGCACGCCGGCGCAGAGGCUCACGAUCGACAUCGACACUGGCUCCGCGGACCUCUGGGUCCCUGUCAACUGCACCAGCUGUAACGGGCGCUCGUUUGACCCUGCGCAGAGCAGCACGUACACCAACACCAACCAGCCUUUUUCGAUCACUUAUGGGAGCGGCGCAGUGUCCGGCACGCUUGCCACCGACGUCGUGUCUAUCGCGGGGUUCACCGUCCAGCAGCAGGCCUUUGGCGCCAUCGACGGCGAGUCUGCCGACUUCCAGGGCCAGCCGAACGACGGCCUGCUUGGGAUGGCCUUCGGCACGAUCGCGCAGUCUCGCAGGCCGACGUUCUUCGAGAACCUCAUCGAAGGGAGACAGCUCGCCGCGCCGCUGUUCUCGGUCCAUCUUGAACGGCGGCAGGAGACUGGAUCCGAGGUUUGCUUUGGCUGCGUUGAUGCGGACCGUAUCGACGGCACAGGGAGUAUCACUUGGAUUCCGGUAAAGUCCCAGACUUAUUGGGCCAUCGGCAUGGACGGCAUCGCAGCGAACGGCCAAGUCGCCCAGACAAAUAUUUUAGCCGCUAUCGACACGGGCACGACGCUCGUAUACCUCCCAAACGAACUGGCCGCGCGGUUCUACGCCCUCGUCCCAGGGUCCAAACUCGCGGCCCAGUUCGGCCCCGGUUUUUAUACCUACCCGUGCGCAUCACGGCCCACGGUCGAGCUGUCCUUUGACGGGACCCGCUUCGCGCUCGACCUGCGCGACUUCAAUCUUGGGCGCACGGCCCUCGGCUCCGCGGACUGCGUCGGCGGGAUCCUCGCGGCCGGGGACGGGUUUCCGUCGAACCUGGCCAUCGUCGGGGACGAGUUUCUCAAGUCCUGUGAGUCGUUGAUCUGUCCCGUUGUUCUGCGUGCGAUAUUGAUGUGCUCGUCGGUGGCGGGCUGGGAUGCUCGGGGGGUUCAUCUAGGGUAUUCGAUUUAUGAUUAUUCGAACGGGGCGAGGGUCGGGUUUGCACAGGAUGCGAACAACAAGCCGUGAUCAUGUAAUGCAACGAUAGCCUGCCUCUUUCGGACUCAGUUCUAGUACAGCGUGAGGGAUAUCGUAAAUAGUUUCAUCAGAUCAUCGGUUCUUCUAUUCACAAAAAUCAGGAAGACUUGGGCUUCGCGGUCCUUUGUCCUCCGAACACCU